AUGGGAAAGAUAUGCAUUCUGGCCCAUAUCUGCUUGUGGGUUCUGCCACUCUUGUUCUCCCUUGGAGAAUCCUUGGCCGGCUUGCAGCGGAUAAAUUUGAAGAAGAAAAACUUUGACUAUGGAUCUUGGAAAAUGGCGAGAAAGGCGGCACAGGAGUAUCACGAUGAUCAGUAUGGCUUGGCUGACCCAGAUGUGGAUGUUGUGCCCUUGAAGAACUAUUUGGAUGCCCAAUACUAUGGUGAAAUUGGCAUUGGCUCACCUCCGCAGAAGUUUACUGUGGUGUUCGACACAGGGAGUUCCAAUAUCUGGGUUCCAUCGUCAAAGUGCUAUUUUUCUGUGAGCUUUUUGUCUAUGUUUUCGAUCUGUUCGUUGUUAGAUUUUGUAUUUUCGGGAUUAUGUAAGUUUGUGAGAAAUCUUUCCAAAAUGAAUUUAUCAUGGGUUUUGCAGAUCGCCUGUUAUUUUCACUCUAGGUUCAAGUCUAGCUCGUCAAGCACCUACAAGAAGAAUGGUAUUGCUGCUUCUUUUUCAAUAUUUUAAUUUCCAUUUUAACAUAUAUAUAUAUAUUUAUUUAUCUGAGAUCUAAUUUCCUGAGAACCUACAAGAAUAAUGGCAUCUUCAGAGGUCAACGUUUUAAGCUACUUUUAGCUGAAACAGCCAUUGUUCCAGGCAUACCUUUUGCAAUACGGAAAGCUUUUGCUUACUAUUUCUGCCUCCUCUCCCUUCCAUUGAAAAAGAAUAAAACAAAUAAAAAUCAAGUUGAAUAAAAAUGUUCUGGGUAUUAAUGGCCCAAAGUGGCCCACAAAAUAGACUAAUUCCUCGCGUCUCAUCUAGGGAAAUCGUGCAAGAUUUCUUAUGGUUCUGGAUCCAUCUAUGGCUUCUUCAGCAAAGACAAUGUACUAGUUGGAGACCUCACCAUCAAGGAUCAAGUGGGUUGAACACCUCUAUUCCUUCUACCUGGAAGCAAGCUUUAGACGUUGUACCUGUUCUUGAUCUUGGCCUAAAAUUUUCUAAUAUUGAUCUUCAGGAUUUCAUCGAGGCCACACGGGAGCCGAGCAUUGCAUUCGUGAUUGCAAAAUUUGAUGGAAUCUUAGGGCUUGGCUUUAAAGAAAUUUCAGUCGGGAAUGUUCCGCCAAUAUGGUAUUUACUCUCGCUUUGCUGAAAGGAGAAAGAAAGUUCUAACCCUCUGCAUCUCGGCUUGAAAACGAUGUGACUUGCCAUAUGCUAAAAGGCAUUGGGUUGACUUUCGACAGGCAAGGCAUGGUUGACCAGGGUCUCAUACAGGAGAAGGUUUUCUCCUUCUGGCUGAACCGGGACAGUGACGACUCAGAUGGGGGGGAGAUAGUCUUUGGAGGCGUUGACCCUAAUCAUUUCAAGGGUAAUCAUACCUACGUCCCUGUCACUCGCAAGGGAUACUGGCAGGUGAGGAUUAAAUUCUGAAAUAUUUCGGCUCCUUGGAAGAUUUAUCAAAGACUAGAUCAUAUGAUCAGUCUCACCUUCUCCUCUGUUACAGUUUGACAUGGGAGAUUUUCUAAUCGGAGGCAAGACCACUGGUGGGAGCAUCUGAAAGCAGAAACCUCCUUCCCUCCAGUCCAGGACUUCUGAUUUUCUCUCUUGUUUCAGGUCUCUGUGCUGACGGCUGUUCCGCCAUUGCCGAUUCAGGAACAUCGCUGCUCACGGGCCCAACUGUAUAAGCUGACUUCCUGCUCAAACUUUUCUUGCACCUAAGCAUCAGUGAAUUAAUGAACUUGCAUAUCUCUUGAGUAAUGGAGAUCGGCUUAUGGCUAAAAAAAAUUCCUCUUUCCUUUUGGUUGGUUUCAGACGAUCAUCACCCAGAUCAACCAUGCGAUUGGUGCUGAGGGCAUUAUCAGCACAGAAUGUAAGGAAAUCGUUUCACAAUAUGGAGAACUGAUUCUGGAGCUGCUGAUUGCACAGGUCUGCCAACUCCUGACAAUUUCUCCCGCAUAUAUCUCAUGAACGUUUAUCUUCACGCUGAUUGUGGUCUGGUUUUCUUCCCAAUUUCUCAGGCAAGACCCAGCAAAAUAUGCAGCCAGAUUGGUCUUUGUUUCUUCAAUGGAAGGCAGAACAUCGGGUUAGUAAAUAUUCUUCCAAGGAAUCAGAUUGAGGCCUGAUUUCUGUUCAUCAUCCUCAUCCUCAUCGUCUUCUUCUUCAUCAUUAUUAAAUGAUGCAGCGAGGGAAUCGAAUCUGUCGUUGAGAGGAGGCGCGAUGGAAAGCUGCGCACAGAUGUCCUGUGUGCUGCCUGUGAGAUGGCCGUUGUUUGGAUCCAGAACCAGCUUCAAGAGAACCAGACCAAGGAAAUAAUAUUGAACUACGUCAACGAGGUUUUAUUUAUUUAUUUAUCCAUCCCUUUUUCCCCCUCUAUUUUUUUAUUUUUCCUGAGCUGGGUUCUUGGAGAAACUCAAGAACAAGACAAGCCACGCCCCAUUGCAGCUCUGCGAGCACAUACCGAGCCCCAUGGGAGAGUCAACCGUGGAGUGCAGCCAGCUGGAUAGCAUGCCAGACCUCUCCUUCACCAUUGGGGACAGAUCCUUCGUUCUCACCCCGGAUCAGGUCCUCAGAUCUUCACCUUGGGCAUUGCAGCAUUUGAUACUUCUCAUGAUUGCCAAAAGGCCUACAUCUAUAUGAAAAAUAUUGCCUAAAACAGCAAACUUCUUCCUCUGCUUCCUCUUGUAGUAUGUCUUGAAAGUGGAGGAAGGCGGCGCCACCAUCUGUCUCAGCGGCUUCGGGGCGCUGGAUGUGCCGCCUCCCCGAGGCCCUCUCUGGUAAUCCUUACCCCCAGAUAGCCUUCUUUCUAGCAAGCUUGGCCUCCCCUGCCGUCUCUCACUCCCGCUGACUUAUCAGGAUUCUGGGUGACGUCUUCAUGGGAGUGUACCACACAGUGUUUGACUUCGGCAACGAGCAGAUUGGGUUUGCAGAAGCCGCUUAG